AUUGUACUCAAUCAGUCAGUUUCUUUACCUAUAAAAACCAGCUCUAUGAUUUGAAGCAUCCAUUAUCACCUUCAUCCAUUAUUUCUCUUGUCAUCACUCUCUCUAUACUUCUGAUCUUAUAUUCUGCAACCUUGAAACAAUGUUGACUAGGAGCCGAACUCUUCCAAGCAGAAUCCACCAUGGAGCUGUGGAGGAGAGGCAUGAUAUUAGGCACUAUUUGCAAGUAGAAGUUCAACCUAAAGUCAGUGAAUCUGAAGCUAUAAACCCUCAGGCCAGCUAUUCCAAAUGCUUCGAUGAUGAUGGUCGCUUGAAGCGAACAGGAACUUUCUGGACUGCAACAUCACAUAUUAUCACUGCAGUUAUAGGAUCUGGAGUUCUGUCUUUAUCAUGGGCAAUUGCACAGCUUGGUUGGGUUGCCGGACCAACUGUCCUUGCUCUUUUUGCCAUAGUGAAUCUGUACACUUCCAAUCUCCUAGCCAUGUGCUAUCGAGCCGGUGACCCUGUCACAGGGCAGAGAAAUUAUACCUACAUGGAUGCUGUCAAGGCCAACUUAGGAGGAAGGAAAGUUAUGUUAUGUGGGUUAGUCCAGUACUUGAAUCUGUUUGGCGUGGCAAUUGGAUAUACCAUUGCAUCUUCAGUCAGCAUGAUGGCAAUAAAGAGAUCAAACUGCUACCAUCAAAGUGGAGGGAAAGAUCCAUGCCAUAUGUCAAGCAAUGGCUAUAUGAUAACAUUUGGAAUCAUAGAAGUGAUAUUUUCACAAAUCAAAGAUUUCAAUGAAGUAUGGUGGCUUUCUAUAGUGGCAGCCAUUAUGUCAUUCACAUACUCCACUGUUGGCCUUGGACUUGGCAUUGGCAAAGUUGCAGGAAAUGGGGGUUUCAAAGGAAGCCUAUUGGGUAUCAGCAUAGGGACAGCUACUCAUUCUGGAACCAUAGUCACUUCUACCGAAAAGAUGUGGAGGACUAUGCAAGCUCUUGGAGCUAUUGCAUUUGCUUACUCGUAUUCUUUGGUCCUCAUUGAAAUUCAGGAUACUAUAAAAUCUCCUCCUGCUGAACAUAAGACCAUGAAGAAGUCAACUGUAUUCAGCAUCACUGUCACAACAGUGUUCUAUAUGCUAUGUGGAUGUUUUGGGUACGCAGCUUUCGGCGAUCUUGCCCCAGGAAACCUCUUAACUGGCUUUGGAUUCUACAAUCCCUACUGGCUUCUAGACAUUGCAAAUGUUGCAAUCGUUGUCCACCUAGUAGGUGCAUUUCAGGUCUUUUGCCAGCCAUUGUUUGCAUUUGUAGAGAAAUGGAGUGCACAAAAGUGGCCGAAAAACGACUUUGUGACAGCCGAGUACGACAUACCUAUUCCCUUCUAUGGUGUGUACCAACUGAACCUGUUUCGCUUGGUAUGGAGGACCCUUUUUGUUAUACUGACUACCCUCAUAUCGAUGCUCCUACCAUUCUUCAAUGAUGUUGUUGGGAUUCUUGGAGCCUUUGGAUUCUGGCCACUGACUGUUUAUUUUCCGGUUGAGAUGUACAUUGCUCAACAGAAGAUACAGAGAUGGAGUAGUAGAUGGAUUGGCCUUCAGAUACUAAGUGUAUGUUGUCUCGUGAUCUCCAUAGUUGCUGCUGUUGGCUCCGUGGCUGGUGUAGUUCUAGAUCUGAAGACAUAUAAACCCUUUAGAACUACUUACUGAACCAAAAGAUGGCGUAAACCUACGUACAUAAAUGUGUUAUAUUCGGUGCCGUUUGAAAGUACAAAUAAGAUCAGAUCUCUCUCAAGUAUGAA